AUGGAGGAUGAGAAUGAAUAUAAGAAAUUGCCGACGGAUGAGAAAUGUGUUCACAAGUUAUGGAAGGCCAGGGUCGCAGGUUACGAAGAGGCCAUCAAGUUAUUCAACCAGAUUGAUGAUGAAAAAUCUCCGGAAUGGAAUAAAUACUUAGGAUUGAUCAAGAAGUUUGUUACGGACAGCAAUGCGGUGGCUCAGGAGAAAGGUUUGGAAGCUGCUCUGGUGUUCGUGGAGAACUGCGGGCAUGCCGGCAAGACAACCGGCGAGGUGAUGUCUGGCAUCGUCGCCAAGUGCAUCGCAGCGCCCAAGACUAAAACUAAGGACCUUGCACUACAGAUAACUCUAAUGUACGUAGAAAUAGAAAAACAUGAAAUAGUGGAAGAAGAAUUGAUCAAGGGUAUGGAACAGAAGAAUCCCAAAGUGGUGGCAGCUUGUGUGUCAGCUUUACACACGGCAUUGAAACAGUUUGGUAACAAAGUGAUAGCCAUCAAACCUAUGGUGAAGAAGAUCCCUGUAUUAUUGUCAGACAGAGACAAAGGUGUGCGAGAUGAAAUGAAAGCCCUUGUUAUUGAAAUGCACAGAUGGAUAGGAGCAGCCAUAGAGCCUCACAUAGCGUCCCUACAAGCAGUGGUACAGCAGGAGUUGAGGGAGUCGUUCAGCGGCAGCGGGGGAGGGGCGCAGCCCACCCGGUACCUUCGCUCGCAGCAGAACAGGGUGCGGGAUACUCCUGCUGCUGACUGUGCUGAUGGCACGACAGAAGACGACGACGCCGAAACUGGCGGCGGAGACUCAGGGGAUAUGGACCCUUAUGAUUUACUGGACCCAGUGGAGAUCCUGUCCAAACUGCCGAAGGACUUCUAUGACAAACUGGAGGCCAAGAAGUGGCAGGAGAGGAAGGAAGCCCUGGACGUACUGGAGAACCUCCUCAAGUCCGCUCCUAAACUGGAACCUGGAGACUAUGCUGACUUAGUUAGAGCUUUGAAAAAGGUGAUAUCAAAGGACACAAAUGUUAUGUUGGUAGCGUUAGGCGGUCGUCUCCUCGGCAUGGUCGCGACAGGUCUUCGCAACAAAUUCUCCCCGUACGCCUGUGCGUGUGUGCAAGCUAUACUAGAGAAGUUUAAAGAGAAGAAAACUAAUGUUGUUACGGCCCUCAGAGAGGCUAUCGAUGCUAUAUAUCCUUGUACAAAUCUUGAAGCCAUUAUGGAAGAUAUGCUAGCAGCCUUCGACAAUAAGAACCCGUCAAUAAAAGCUGAAAGUUCCCUUUUCUUAGCAAGAGCUCUGUGCCAUACUCAGCCAGCUGCAUUCAACAAGAAGCUCAUAAAGGCAUAUGUUGCUGGCUUGCUGAAGUUGCUGGAAAGUGCUGAUCCCGCCGUACGAGACGCAGCAGCUGAAGCAUUAGGUACAGCAACAAAACUAGUCGGAGAGAAGAACAUCGCACCACACAUUGGCAAACUGGAACCUUUGAAGGAGCAGAAAAUCAAAGAGUUUGCGGACAAGGCUGUGAUACAAGUGAAGGUGGCUGCUCCGAAGAAGGAGGCAAAGGCUAAGCCAAAUCCAUCACCAUCUGCUAGAGGUGAUUCUAAACCUACGGCCGGUUCUGCACAACCCAAGCCAGUGAAACGACCCAACUCUGCUAAAGCCCCAGUAAAGAAGGCUCCAGCGUCCCGCGGCCAACCCAGUCCGCCGCGUGAACAAGAGUUAUCGCAGGAGGAAGUCGACGCCAAGGCAGAGAUGUUGUUCCCGGCUGAUGUAAUAGCAGGUCUCGGCGACAGCAACUGGAAGACCCGUUUAUCAGCCGUCCAGAGCUUCCACAGUACAGUUCAAGGUCUGACCUCAAGCGAUGCGACCUCACAAGUACUCUACCGCACGCUAAACAAAAAGCCCGGUCUGAAAGACACCAACGUUCAGGUGCUGAAAGCCAGGCUCGAAGCUUGCAAGUACAUUACUGAGAACUUCCCGGUUUCUACGACCGCAGCGGACUUUGUCCUUCAAGACGUAGUAACCAAGCUUGGUGAAGCGUCGUGUGCAUCAAUCUGUGCAGACUGCCUUACCUCUUUAGCUGAAGCAUGUGGUAUAGAACAUGUUCUCAAUGAGGGACUAAUGUUUGCCAUGGAUUCACAGAAAAACCCUAAAGUACAAUCGGAAAUGUUCAACUGGAUGGCCAAUGCUAUCAAGGAGUUUGGGUUUAAUAUGAACAUCAAAUCAAUAAUAGCGCACAGCAAGAAGGCUCUAUCAGCCACAAACCCCAAUGUCCGUACAUCAGCAGUGAACUUCCUUGGCAUCUUGUCUCUAUAUGUGGGACCAUCCCUGAUAAACCACUUCGAUAGUGAGAAGCCAGCCACUAAACAACUGAUCAGUUUGGAGCUAGACAAACAUGCUAACAGCACGCCACCUACUCCUACAAGGCAGAUAGGAACUGUUAGUAAGUCUGCAAGUAAAGCGUCAGUGGACGACAUAGAGGAAGCGUUUGAGGACGCGACGGAGGACGAACCCGUCGUAGUGGACGACAACAGGCCACGCACUGACAUCGCGCCACUCAUCACUGAGGCACUCAUUGCUGAGAUCAAUGACAAGAACUGGAAGGUCCGUAACGAAGCUCUCGAUAAAGUGAAGGCAAUAAUAACAAACUCGUCGCCUAUUAAGCCGUCUCUAGGCGAGUUGCCCGCAGCGUUGUCAGCGCGUCUACUAGACUCCAACUCCAAACUAGCACAGAGUGCCUUGCAGAUCUGUGAAGCAUUAGCUUCUGCAAUGGGAGUCAAGAGCAAGUCACAUGUCAGGACUUUCUUCCCUGCGUUCUUCCAAGCCUUCGGCGACAGCAAGCAGUGGAUCCGCGCGGCGGCGGUGUCGUGCGUGGAGGCGUGGUGCCGCGCGGCGGGCCCGCAGUGCGCGCUGGACGGCGAGAUGCUGCACGACGCGCUCAAGGCCGGCAGCCCCCUGCUGCGCGCCACGCUGCUGCAGUGGCUGGCAGACCAUCUGCCUAAUGUACCUCCAAAAUCAUUCCCCCGCGAGGAGCUGUCAGUAUGCGUGCCAAUCCUGUACGCGUGCCUGGAGGACCGCGCCGCCGACGUGCGCAAGGUGACGGCGGACUGUGUACUGCCCGUCAUGUUGCAUCUAGGGUACGAGGCCAUGCAUAAACAACUCGACAAAUUGAAGCCUGGCUCCAAAACAGUAGUACAAGCCGCGUUAGACAAGGCUCGACCGAGCUUGCCAGUACAACCACUACCGCCAUCUAAAGGCAAGAAAGAAGAACCACGUGGUGUUAAGUCCGCUGGCGCACUAAAGAAGGAGGCUGAGAAGAAAGGCACUGCUGUUAAGGGCAAGGGACCAGUAAAAUCGGCUUCAGCAUCAAGUCGCGGCAAGAAGGAUGACGAGGAUUGCUCUCCCCUCCUACCAAACAACAACGCCAAGAACCAACGCAUCAUUGACGAUCAAAAACUCAAAGUAUUGAAAUGGAACUUCACAACUCCUCGCGAGGAGUUCUUCGAACUUCUAAAGGAGCAGAUGGCGACCGCUGGAUUGAACAAACAACUGGUUGCUAACAUGUUCCAUAAUGACUUCAGAUAUCACUUAAAAGCAAUAGAGGCUUUAUCAGAAGAUCUACACGAGAAUGGACAAGCUUUAAUGGCAAAUUUGGACUUGGUCCUCAAAUGGUUGACACUUCGGUUCUUUGACACGAACCCGUCAGUGAUCCUCAAGGGAUUGGAGUACCUUUCUAUUGUGUUCACAUAUCUAAUGGAUAGUGACUACACCAUGCCGGAGUAUGAAGCCAAUUGUUUUAUACCUUAUCUAGUUUUGAAGGUCGGUGACCCCAAGGACACGGUGCGCAACGGCGUCAAAUCUCUGUUCAAGCAAAUAUGCGUCGUGUAUUCUGUUACCAAGUUGUUUGGAUAUUUGAUGGAAGGACUCAAGUCUAAGAACGCGAGGCAAAGAGCUGAAUGUCUAGAGUGCAUCGGUCACUUACUAGAAACUUACGGUUCGACGGUGAUGGGCAGUGGUGGUAGCGGGGCGCUCAAGGAACUCGCGCGACACAUCGGAGACAGGGACAACGCCGUCCGGUCCGCCGCACUCAACUGUGUCGCUUCUGCUUACUUCUUGGAGGGAGAGAAGGUUUACAAGAUGAUUGGACAGAUAUCCGACAAAGAUCUCUCAUUACUGGAAGAGCGUAUAAAGCGCGCGGGCAAGUCUCGAAGUGCGGAGUCGCGGCGGUCCAUGCUCGUACCACUCACUGCUUCUGGCAAACCUGUGCAAAUACAACAAGAGGAUCCAGAACCUAGGCGUGUAAUAUCAGUGGACUCAACUCCAGCGGAGUAUGAGGAGGAGGAAGAGGAACCACUUCCCGCACCUGCACCAUUGCCUGUCGCUCCACCAGAACCAAAAGUCAUCACCGGUCCAUUCGGUCUCGACCCGGAAUUGAUCGCUCAACUAGACGCAGCAGUGCCCGUGCUACGGCAGCCAGAUGUGGCUGAAAUAGACCUCAAGUUCCUCGACGAGCCUAUUCCUACUGGCGCAGUUAGACCACAAAUGACACAUACACAACCACCUAUCCGGUCCAGCAUGGUCCCGAUGUCCCCGCCCCGGCACGCGGCCCCGCUGGUGACGCCGCAGCCCCACUCGCUCACGGCGCACGUCGACGACUCACAACUCGCCGACACUAUACACUCCAUAGCUAGCCCGGAUUUGAAUGCGGCGAUCCGAGCUCUGUCCCUAAUCUCGGGCGCGCUGGUGUCGGGUCGCGGCGGCGCGCUGGCCCCGCACGAGGCGCGGCUGGUGACUGCCAUCGCGGCGCAGGUCCGCCGCCUGCGGACCGCGCCGCCGCAGGACGCCCUGCCCGCCUACAAGUACCUCGCUAGUGCACUCACUACGUUCUACGAGACGGCCGGUUGCGGCGCGCACGUGGGCGAGGCGGCGCUGUGCGCGCUGCUGGGGGAACUGCUGCGGGUCCUGGGCGGCGGCGCGGCGGCCGGACACGACGCGGGGCACGACGCCGAGCGACUCGUGCGGAUACUCAACAACGUCUGCGUCCGGCUACUCGAGCACUCGCCCAGGACGCCGCUACUGGGUGCAAUAGUAUCCCUUCUCCACGAAUCUAUCGGCGUAUCUGACCCAGCGUACCCACGCUACCAAGACCUACUUCUCAAGUGCUUCUGGAAGACCCUGAAGAUGAUCUCCACAUGGGACGUCAACUCCAUCGAUUAUGAUGCAGUGUUGUAUAAAAUACACCUGUUCUAUAAGGCCUACCCUAAUAGCUAUUGGAAGAAGAACCCGGAUAUCAGUGAUACACCGUACAGGACAGUAAAAACAUUGGUGCACACUCUAGUCAAAAUGAAGGGAAGCUCGAUCACAAACCAUCUAACACAAAUACCAGAUGUCAACGAAUCUGACCUCUAUCCCUACCUACUCAAAGUUCUCAAGCAAUUAAAACUGGACGAGAAAAAGGAGAACACGCCAGACGCUCUAAACGGUGGUUCAGUCCUCGCGUCAGUACCACCUAACAACGCCGCCCUGGCUGCCGGCAGAUUACCUCGGGCUGUUCAUGAAGAACUGGCGCUCAUAUUGAAGAGGAUCGGCACCAAGGAGCAUAAUAAGGACGCCUUGUCACAGCUGUAUGAUUUGCGGGAGCGUCACCCAGAAGUAGACAUCUGGACGUUCAUGCAAGGUUCAUCGUUCUACUUCCGCAACUACGUGGAGAGGGGGUUGCGCGAGGUGGCCGAGCAGAGGAAACUCGCCUCUAUGCCUAUAUACAAACACGACUACAAGUCUGAUAAUAUUGACAUAAGUAAUGAAAACGACGAAAAAUCACAUGUGAUAUUCUUAGAGAGACUUCGAGCUUUGCAGGCCAAAGCCGGUUUAAAAACAGAGUCAUCACCAUCGUCACAGCCUCGUACACCGAUAGGCGACAAUCGAACACUAGUCGACUCCAUCAACGAGAACACAUUGUCGCGAACACACAGUAUCGAUCCACAACUUGACCUACACACAACACAGACGCUAUCACAACGGAACGAAGCGGAAGUAGACGCAUUACGCCUGAAGCUGCAACAAAUCAAGAGCUCCUCCAAGAGAUAA